UCAUAUAGCAAUAGUAAAUACUGAUCUAUAUGAAUAAUACUCACUUCUGUUGCUGUUUUAUCUUUCGAGCUCAAAAGAAGGAAUACAGACCGUGUCUCGUGAUAUUUAUUAAACAUUAUCACCUUGAGUCAUAUAAAGUCUGAUCUGUAUAUAUUUCAUUUUAUUUGAAUUUUUUUUUUUAAUUUGUUUUAAUUGCGGGACAAGAAGAAAUGGAUUUUAAGACUCAUGUAGGCGGAGGUCGAAAUGUUUUGUGUUUGUUUGAUGUGGACGGGACUCUGACAAAACCCAGAGAGAAAAUCAACCCUCAGUUGGAUGAAUUUUUCCAGGCGUUGCGACAGAAGGUGAAGAUUGGAGUGGUGGGCGGGUCAGAUUACUCCAAAAUCGCAGAACAGCUCGGAGAUGGAGAUGAAGUCAUACACAAGUUUGACUACGUCUUUGCUGAAAACGGAACAGUGCAAUAUAAAGACGGCAAACUUCUCUCCAAACAGGCGAUUCAGAAUCAGUUGGGGGAGGAGUUACUACAGGACCUUAUAAACUUCUGCCUCAGAUACAUGGGGCUUCUCAAACUACCCAAGAAACGAGGGACGUUCAUUGAGUUUCGUAACGGGAUGCUCAACAUCUCACCCGUCGGACGAAGCUGCACGCUAGAGGAACGAAUCGAGUUCUCUGAAGUGGACAAGAGAGAGAAGAUACGCGAGAAGUUUGUUGCAGCUCUACAGAAGGAGUUUGCAGGAAAAGGACUGCGCUUCACCAGAGGAGGGUUGAUCAGUUUUGACGUGUUCCCGGAGGGUUGGGACAAACGUCUCUGUCUGGACGUCCUGGAGCAGGAAGGUUUGGAUGCCAUCUACUUCUUCGGCAAUGAAACCUCGCUGGGUGGAAAUGAUUACGAGAUAUUUGAGGACGCUCGAACGAUCGGCUUCACCGUUUGUUCUCCUGACGACACGGCACGACUCUGCAGAGAAAUGUUCUUCAGUGCUCCGCCCAAUGAGGCAUGACGACGCCCACUUCCAUGCGCGCGUACACUGAGACCUCUACUGGCCGCGGGGGGAACUGCAGUCCGCUGACGACAGACCCCGAGACCACUACUGAUGAUCAGUUUAAAAGGACUGUAUGUAAAUAUAACUGAUGAUGCGCCCUCAUCAACGGUCUGAUCCAUGGCUGAAAGAGACGAGAGAAUGUGAUUUAACAAGUGUUAAUAAAUAGAGGUGACACGAUAAAUCGACGAGCUAUAAAUCUUUCAUAGCUUUCUUUUUGAAUCGAGGUUUAGUCCCAACCAGCAAACAUUGCACAAGCCAUUUGUGCGUUCCAAAUCAUACGUUGAAUAUAGUGUUUAUAUGCAUUAAUUAAGCGUGCAUCAGUGCGUUUAUUGCGUUAUAAUAAUCCCUUGUGCAAUGGAAGCGGUGUUUUCUAAUGACUUUUCUAAUGGUUUUAUUGUUGUUUUUUCAAUUUUUAUGCAUGAACCUAAAGACCAAAAUGUACUUCGGGUGUGCACGUAGCGGAUCGCUCUGCGCGCAGGAUGUGUGAGAUGCAAAAUGCGUCAUCAGCACAGCCGAGCGGCUUGACCUCAAACUACUAUUUUCUUGACGCGGCGGUUUGCCGCUGAUGCUUUCGCCUGCUUUUGAUUGUACUGAAAGAGCAUCACAAAGCAGUUGUAGUGGACAUUCGUAUUCGCUCGCAAUCAGAAGAGUAUACUCGCAAAGACACCGCGCUCGGCCAGGGGCGACAUGCUCAAACGAAGUAUACCUGGGCCUUAAAACAUUACGUUAUAAUGCCUUUUUAAAGUAAUGCAUUUUUCUAAAUACAGCACCUUUAAAGGUAACUUUACACAUCAAUGCAUUAAUAUACUGUAGUGCUGUUAUUGAGCCGUUUACAUGUACAGAUAAUACGCCCAAAAUCCGCUUCUUUAAAGAAUGUGUCGAAGCAAGAAUACCGCAUUAACACAAGACUUGAAAUAACCGUUAUUCUCUGGUUUUGACGUCAAACCACGUAGAGACGUGCACACCGCACGUUCGGACAUUGGAUAAGCCGUUAAGAACGUUUGUAAACAUGUUUACAUGCCACGUGUAAUCGGCGUAAUGGGCAAAAAACGGCAGUUAUGAUCUUACACCGACAAAGGAACGCUGUUUAACGCGUUUACAUGACCACGUGUUGUCGGCUUAUUACACAUAAUUAGUGACUAUCACAACUUUCAGCGCGAGUUCGAAUCCAGGGCGUGCUGAGUGACUCCAGCCAGGUCUCCUUAGCAACCAAAUUGGCCUGGUUGCUAGGGAGGGUCUUGGUAUGUCAGCAAGCAUUGGCGUUGACUAUCACACCUGGAGUCUCGAGGUCGAAUCCAGGGCGUGCUGAGUGACUCCAGCCAGUUCUCCUAAGCAACCAAAUUGUCCCGGUUGCUAGGGAGGCUAGAGUCACAUGGGGUAACCUCCUCGUGGUGGUGAUUAGUGGUUCUCUCAAUGGGGCGUGUGGUGAGUUGUGUGUGGAUCGUGGAGAGUAGCAUGAGCCUCCACAUGCUGUGAGUCUCCGCGGUGUCGUGCACAACGAGUCACGUGAUCAGAUGCGUGGAUUGACGGUCUCAGAAGCGGACACAACUGAUACUUGUCCUCCACCACCCGGAUUGAGGCGAGUAACUGCACCACCAUGAGGACCUAUGUAGUGUGAAUUUCGUGAAUUCCGACCCAUCUUCAGAAAGUAAAUGAAACCAUAAUAAUGUUAAAUUCGGUAAAUGUCUUUUAUUGUGAUAAGGUGCUGUGUGGCGACAAAACACAAUUUAAUGACGUGUACAUGUGCCAACUUACUAUAUAUUAAAAAAGCAUCAUUUACGAUCGUCGGUGAACACACUUUAAAUGCGCUCAGUGCGAUUUGCAGCCAAAAAAGUGACCGUAAUUGUUUUGUUUUCAGCGAGAAGUGGCGAUUUAAGCGAUCGCUGCUGGUUAGGACGAGAGAUUUCAUCGCUCAUCACUCUGUCGUGUCACAUCUGUAAAAGUGUGUUUGGAUGUGAUUUUCACCUGUCAAUCAUUCCAGAAAUAUUCCUCUGUGACACUCCACUGGACCUCUGAAGCCGUGAUGAACUGAUCCGAGAGUUUGUGAUGGGAAUGUUCAAUGUCUGAUGGCAUAAAUGCACUUUAACUGUGACAUCAUUGUGAGAAUGACAUUAAGUGCAGGAGUCAGUCCACUCGCAUUUCGUUUUCCUGCACGUUCACGGUUUGUUUUGAUGAGCAAGCAAACAAAACACAUUUUUUAUGGCUUCUUCAUCAAUUAAAGGAUAUUGUUUCUGUUACACUUUAAUAAAGAAUCAAACAUUUUUACACUCCUGACAGUGGAAACAAUAUAAA